AUGCCUUCUUCAAAUUACCGCCUCAUUGAGCCGCACCCCUCGGUGCCUCACACCGGCCGUCCGGCUGUGUUCACUGGUCGCGGAGGCCAGGGCAACGUCAUUAGUCUCAAGAACACCAAGACCACCGACUCGCGCACUGCCACCGGCCCUGCUUCGCUCACUCGUCUCGACUCGCGUGCCCCGUCAACCUUUACUUCCGGCCGCGGUGGCGCCGGCAACGUCCACAGCUCAAGCGAGCGCGCCAUCUUCAGCUUCGACGAGGAACUCGAGCGCGACCUCCGCCGUGCCGCUCCCGUCUACCACGUUGGCCGCGGCGGUGCCGGCAACAUGAUGUACCGCGACGACUCGAGCAACAGCCUCAGCCGCAAGUACUCUACCGGCAGCACCGCCACCAACAGCAGUACCGGCUCCGUCGCUGACCGUGCUCGCGACAUGGCCCGCCGUGGCUUCGAGAUGGGUUGGGGCAAGCUCAAGGGUACCGCUUAA